AUGACGACCUUCCAGUACACAGCUUUGCAGCAGAAUGAGAUUAGGGUGCUUAUUCUCGAUGCAGGUGAUGAUGAAGACGCCCUCUCAGGUACCCUUGUCGCUGUUGAUCAUGUCCCCGGCGAGAAUGUUACUCGAUACGAGGCAAUGUCCUACACCUGGGGCGACCAGUCAGAUCCAGAUUACAUACAUCUGCGGCAUUCGGAAUUUAUCACUCACGGCGAAUCCCCUGGAUCACUACCCAUUGGUCGCAAUCUGGCCUCUGCUUUACGACAAAUCCGUCACAAAAUCGAUAGCCGAAUCCUCUGGGCCGAUUCAAUAUGCAUCAACCAGCAGGACCUCGAUGAGCGAGCCGCCCAGGUCCAACGCAUGCGCGAUAUAUACAAGUACGCUCAGCGCGUCAUCGCCUGGCUCGGCCCUGCAGACGGCCACAGCCCCAUCGCCAUCGGCUUGCUGCAAGAGCUCGCUGACUGCAUAGACUUCACCAAGGGGGACGAGGAUAUCUUGAACAACCGGAUGACCUUUAAACGUGAAAAAUAUGACUUUAUCAUGAGUGGGCCCGCCCAUGACAUCAACUCCUGGUCCAAACCGCUGCCCUACUCUGACCAGCAGUGGAAGGCUGUAGCAUCCUUGAUAUCGCGGUCCUGGUUCCGUCGACUAUGGGUACGCCAGGAAGUCCUGCUGGCAGGCAAAGACACUAUAUUGCUAGUCGGGGGUAACAGCAUGCUAUGGCAUCAUUUCACGAGCGCAAUCGAGGUAAUUGCGCAAAAAAGGUCGGCAUUGGCAGGCAAGGUCAAAAUUCACAUGAUGAUCGAAUUCACCAACGUACGCACCUUUCGCAUUCUUCGACACUUGACAGACUUUUUCACGCUUGUAGCAUACACACACUCGUGUGAGGUUACCGAGCCCAGAGACAGGGUGUAUGCCUUGCUGGGUCUCGCAGAUGGCGACUUUACUAGGAAAAUUGUCGUCGACUACAGAAAGAACGCCAAGGAUAUUCAUCGCGAAGCUUUGGUUCGGGCGUCGACGUAUCAUCAGGAUCUCAAGCUGCUGUCGCUUUGCGACUCGGCGUCCGAGCCGACGUGGAUCCCUGAUUUGGAACGGAUACAGCAACUGCGGCCCAUAACUUUUGGCCGCGCCGCCCUUUGCUCAGCCGAGAGGGGACAUGCCAUUACUAAAGAGCAAUUGGUGUUGCAAGGAAUCCGCUGUGACUACAUCACGGAGCUGAUCGGACCCCAGGACGGCCAAAGUUCCCAAGCACAGCUUGAAGCCGCUCUACUAAAGGCAGCACGUCGCUUUCUGGGUCAUGAUGUGGAGACUUGGAACUUCCAAAAGGUUCAGCAGUUUUCCCUCACAUUUCAUGUAAACGACUCAUACAUUUAUCCUCCACUCAUUAACAAGGUACAACAGCAGUUGGCGGAGCGAAUCAGCUCCAACAGUGAGACGCUCGGUGCCCAACUCGAAUAUUUAACUUACUACAUACAUAAUCGGUCCAUAUACCUGACUAAAAUGGGUUAUAUCGCGUUGGGGCCACGGAAUUGUCAACUUGGUGACCCCGUGGUCGUGUUCCUUGGCUGCCACCUUCCCAUGGUCCUUCAACCGAUCGAGGAUGGCGAGUACAAACUUAGAGGUCCUUGUUCUCACCCAGCGCUCUUAUCCAGCGAAGCUCUUCUUGGUGAGAUGCCAAAGGGUUGGAGACUACGGUACACUAGAUGUGUUGAAGAACCUCUGUUUGAAAAUGCAAAAGGAGAGCGACAGCACAUCGACCCGCGGCUGGAUGAUAUUCCUGUCCCGCAAGACUGGGAACUUAGGUGGAGGAGUGAUGGCACCCCGUUUUGGUAUAUUGCUAAGGAAGAUCGGUGGACGAACUUUGACCCGAGACUCACACUAAAGAGACUUAGGAAAAGGGGGGUUAAGGUGGACGAUUACACCUUGCGGUAA